UCCCACGCCGUACGGGCAACCAAAAAACGUGCUAUGUUGUGACUGAAUGAAACGUCGGUCCUCUGAAACAGCUUCAGCUCAUUUGAACAUACAUUUAGGCUUUCACAUUGUAGUCACUGCAGCUUUAAAAUCCCUGAAGCCUCAACUGCUAAGCUAACGGCUAAUAAAGCCGAGGGGGAGUCACCAAAACAACAAGGUAGCGCGCUGCUGUUGAGCUGAAACGCAAAGGUUUUGAGUCGUACGAAAGCGUAUCUGCUAACAUGUCGGCCGUGUCCAACGAUUUGAGGAAACGGGGCAAGAAGCGAUAUGCGUCCGGCCACCACAACAAGCGGUGGAAGGGCUCCCGGGAGCUGGAGGUGGGCAUGCAGGGGAUCCUCAUCACAUGCAACAUGAACGAGAGGAAGUGCACCGCGGAGGCCUUCAAUCUGCUCAAUGAGUACGCCGACCUGCUCUAUGGGCCCGAGAAGUUGCAAGAUGAUAACGGGAGCAGCAGUGAAGGGGAGGAAGCGGAUGAAGAAGAUGUGGAUGUAGCGCUGAAGAAGGAAGUGGCACAGCUGAAAGCAUCUGGAGCUAAACAGGAGAGGCGCUUCCAGGCUUUGGACAGCGGAGCAAACAAUGUCAUCUUCAUCAAAACUCAAAAUCUGGAGUCUGACAAGUUGGUUCAUCACAUCCUGUCUGAUCUCCACACAACCAAGAAGAAAAAGUCUCGCGUGAUCCUUCGGAUGCUACCAGUAUCUGGAACAUGCAAGGCCUUCCAGGAUGACAUGGUGAAGUACCUGACUACUUUCCUGGAGCCUUGGUUCAAAACCCCAAACUGUGGUACCUACCAGAUCGCCUUCAAGGCCCGCAACAGCAGCCACAACAAGAGAGACGAAAUCAUCAAAUCAAUUGCAGGUCUCGUGGGGAAGCUCAACCCUAAGAACAAGGUUGAUUUGACCAACCCAGAACUGACAAUCAUUGUGGAGGUCAUCAAGGCUGUGUGUUGCAUCAGUGUGGUAAAAGACUAUACACUGUAUAGAAAGUACAAUGUCCAGGAAGUAGUCAAAGAGGACACACCAAAGCCUGAUGUGAAUUCAGCACAAACGGAUACAAAUAAAGACGAGGAGAAGGAGGAAAACGAUGCAGAGGAGACAAACAAACAAGAGAAGAAGAAAGGCGAAGAUGACAAUGACAACAAUGUUCCACAGGACAAAAAGGAGGCUGAUGAGGAUGAAGGUAACGGGGAGUAAGAGCUCACAUUUACAGAAGCUGAUUGUCAGUUUGUCAGUCAGAUUUUGAAUUUCUAAAAAAAAAAACAAAAAAAAACGUCAUGUUAAGUUGCAUUAUAUUGUAGUACUUUGGUUUUUUUAAAUGAAAGGUUCAAAGCAAAGAUAGUCUUUUUUUUUUUUUUUGCACGACUCAACAAAUGUUUGUAAGAGGUCGUAAAAAAUCCUAAUAUUAUUUAAUGUCUUUUUUUAUAUUCCUAAAAAUAUAUCUGCUACAUUGGUACCAACUUCAUAGCGGUCCAUUUUUAAAUAAAAGUAAUUUUGAAUUAACUGUACAUGUCACAAUUCUGCAGCACAGCUGCCAUCAACUCAGUUUUUUUUAAUGAUUAAUUUGAUUUUUAAUUUAAAUAUUUUAUUUUUUUUGUGAUAUUUUUACUCAAAGAAAAAAGGGUUUUGUUCAGGUUAAAUGUUUCAUUUAGUAACGAUGUAGCUGUUCUUUCCUAAAGCAGUCCCUGAAUUAAAGUUACCUGUGUGUUUGA